AUGAAAUUUCUCAUUUUUUUUACUAUUUUCUAUGUUUCUUCUGGAUUUCUUCAAUAUCCUUCACCACCAUGUUGUAAUAAUGCUAAUUAUGGUUGUGGAAUACCUAUGAGUGGUAGUAUGAAUCCAGGAUGUGGAAAUCCAUUAUCACCAGCUCCUUUAGUAUUACCACCACCACCACCAUUACCUCCAGCUCCAUGUCCACCACCAUUACCAUGUCCAAAAAUUACAUGUCCUGCUCCACCUCCAUGUCCACCAACAUUUUGUCCACCACCUCCACCACCACCACCAUGUAAUUGUCCUCCACAAUUGCCACCAAAAAUUAUUCAUGUUCCUGUACCAGUACCAAGUCCUCAACCAUCAGGAUGUGGAUUAAUUAUGACAUCAUUUGGACCACAACCGGAUCCUUCAUGUAGUGGUGGUAAUAUUCAAAUACCUCCAAGAGUUUUACCACAACCAAUACCUCAACCAAUGCCACAACCAAUACCACAACCAAUGCCACAACCAAUACCACAACCAAUUCCUCAACCAAUUCCUCAACCAUUACUACCACCAAUGGGUUGUGGAGGUAGAGAAGGACCUUAUCCAUUUGGAGGUAGUUGUGGAUCACCAAGACCACCAUUUUUCCCACCUCCAAUUAAUGAUUGUUGUUGUAAUUGCCUUGCACCAUGUGCUUUUAAUGUCCAAAGGAGUCAUCUUCGUUCAGCAUUCGCCUCCAAAACAUUCAAUUCACCUCAAGAUCCAAAAUGUAAUCAAAAGGAGUUACGAUUAAUUAUAAGAAAAUAUAUAUCAAAUGACUUGGAUAUCUCUAAACGUCUCAUUCAAAAAGCUGCACAAGAAAAAUUGGAAAAGAAGUAUAAUGUUAUAUGUGGAAAUGGAACAUUUAGUUUUGUAGUUUUUUCAGAUAGUUUUUGUCAACAUACGGUAGAUGAUGUUACAUGUUAUGUCUUUCAUCCAAUUGCCUAA